ACUCCCAGCAAGCCUACAACUUCCGGAUAGAGGUUUCCAGGCUACGUUCACCUGCCCCAUUCCAUCUCUUAACUGCGUACGGAGGACCCCCAUCUUUUUUAGAGGCUUGCUGGACGUUUCCCCGCGUUAGGUCAUCUAUAUCCCACUCAGUGCCUCAGCUUCCCUUGGUUGCAGGUCUUGGAGAAGCGAGGCACGCGCCGAAGCCGUUUUCCCGUGAGCUAGCGAUGGGCAUGGUUGAGGGAAGCCUUGGUGAGGAUCUGUUUUCUUGUGUUGUGGAGUGAGUGCGCACGCGCGGCAGUGGCUUCUUGAGGGAGCUAAAGUGCUGAGAAGUCGCAUCCGCAGUAGGGGCUGACCGGCAUCCCCGGGGGCGUUUCGGAGUCUCAGCCUUCGGCCCUGUGGACCGAGAGGGCCAUGACCGAGGGCCUAGAGAUGGGUAAGGACCCUAAUGACUCAACCCAUUCGCGGUCGCUGUUCGUCCGGGAGGACGGCAGCUCCAUCUCGUUCUACGUGCGGCCGGGCCCUGCCAAGCGCCGGCUGUCGUCGCUCAUCCUGCAUGGUGGAGGCAGCCUGUGCCGGGUGCAGGAGCCCGAGGCUGUGCUCCUGGCGCAGCCUGGGGAGCUACAGGCUGAGGCCUCGGGGGACUUCAUUUCCACCCAGUACAUCACCGACUGCGUGGAGCGCAACGAGCGACUGGAGCUGGAGGACUACCGCCUGGGCCGUAGGGAUUCCGAGAGCCCAGAGCCAGCCUCUGGGGAGCCUGGGGAUGCCUUCACGGAGGCCGAGGACCUGGCCAUCGUCCGAUAUGUGAAGGAUAAUUCCCGCUCCCCCAGCUCGCAAACCGGCAAUACUCUGUGGAAGGCCCUGGAAAAGGCCGCCCUCACACAGCAUCCUUGGCAGGCCAUGAAAGACCGCUAUCUAAAGCACCUGAAGGGGCUGGAGUACAAGCACCUUGAGGGGGAAGAGCCUGCCAGCCCGAGCCAGAAGCUCAAGAGAAAAGCAGAUGAAACAGAACCUGCAGACUGGGAACCACAAAAGAAAAAAAACCCUGAUCUACCUGAGGAAGAUAGUCCAGAAGAGCAAGUGCAAGACAGUGAAAUAACAGAGGAGGACGUUUUAUGCUCCAAAAACCAGGAGGUUAAGGAGUGUGAGGUUCAUGAUCAGACCCCUGACCUUGAAUUAAUUGUGAUUAAGAAUGGAGAACUGACUAGUCCUGGAAAAAAUAACUCUAAUUCAAAAGAGGCUUCAAAGGAUGAUGAGGUCAUUGAAGAUGCUGUUGUAUUGGAAACUCAGCUUGAAGCAGAGGAAAGCAGUUCAAGCCCUUCUUCUCUUUCUCCUGAUGUGGGAGCUGCCAUCAAAGUCAUCAGACAUUUAAUGGAGGAAUUUAGUGUGGAUCUAGCAACAGUCACACAAGCUUUCUUGAAGAAUAGUGGAGAACUGGAGGCCACUUGUUCUUUCUUGCAGACAGGCCAGAGGUCUGAUGGAUAUCCAAUCUGGACCCGACAGGAUGAUGUGGAUUUGCAGAAAGAUGAUGAGAAUACCAGAAGUAAAUUGAUAAAAAAAUUUGGUGCUAAGAAUGUAGCAAGAAGGAUUGAAUUCAGAAGUAAUUAGGUCAAGAUGUCAGGGAAAGGCCAGAUUCUAGGGUUCAUAGAAUGAGUAUUUAUAGAGGAUGGGGCAUGGGAAAGACUGAUGAUUACUAACCAGUACUAGCAUUGCACUGUUAUGUAGAAUUUGGUAGCAAAUGUGACCAUGUAAGAAAAUAAAAAGCAGAGAAAUCUGAAGGAAAAAAAAUGGUGACACCUGAUAGCCAUGUAAUGCUUCAAGGUCCCAGGAAUGCUUUUACAUCUAUUCCCUCUGACUUGGUCCUUACACUAGUCACAUGAGUUGGGUGGUUUUGUCAUUUUAUCACUAUAGAAGAAACUUAAGAUCAAAUUAAGAGUCUUACCCUCCCAUUAAUACUUAGAAUUAGGUAUCAGAGGUAGAAUAUCCAGAAUCAUUUUACUUGGCUCUCAUGUCCAGCUUUUUUCCUACUAUAAUACAUUGUCUUCCAAGAACUGUUUGAAGUAUUUAUUAGUGUAAAGUCUUAAGUAAGAAUUUCAGCUUAUUUUAACCUAUAAUCUCUGUUCCUCAAAGAAUACUAAUCUAGUGCUAUUUUGGUAGUGGCAGUUAAGUAUUUAUGAAGUCCAUUUGGUGAAAACUGGGAAUUAAAAUGUGAAGUUACAUUUUACAUAAAAAAUGACCAACAACAGGUAACCUCUAAACUGUUAAGCGUGUGUUCUGCCUAGUCAUAGAUUCAUAGGAUCAUAGAUUUAGAAAUGGAAGGGAUCUCCCAACCCAUCAAUUCUGGUCUCUUUAUUUUAUAGAAAAAGAUCCCGAGGCCCAGAGGUUAGGUGAUUUAUUCAGGGUCCCACACUUACUAAAUGUCUGAGGUAAGAUUUGAAUCCAGGUCUUCUUAACUUCCAAGUCUGGUGCACUAUCCAUUAUGUGGUAAUAGUCUCAUUAAAAAAAAAAAAGUAAUAGGCUACUGUGGGGGUGGGGGGUAAUGAAGGAGAGGGUAGGGAUCAACUACCUUUGUUAGAUGUAGGACUUGGAAAAACCCAAGGAGAUUUUGUAUCUGAGAGGCCAUCUAUUUCAACCCUCUCAUUCUACAGAUGAGGAAACUGCAGCCCAGGGAGAUUAAAGCCAUACAGGUAAUAAAUGUCAGAGGUGGGAUUUACUCCAAAGGCAGUGUUCCUUACACUGUACCACAGUGUCCCUUGGCAAAAGGUAAUAUAAAUUAGUUAAAUCUUUGAAAACCCAAUAACAUCAAAAGCCUUUUAAAAAUUGCUUAGUUCUUACAGGCUUCAAUUGGUAAAGACCACGGGUUCUUAAUCUUUUUUGCUACAUAUACACCUUUGGAAGUCUUGUAAAGCCUUUGAACCAUGUCUCAGAGCAGUUUUUGUUUGUUUUUUAAACCCUGACCUUCUACCUUAGAAUUUAUGCUAAGUAGUGAUUACAAAUCAGAAAAGUGCUAAAGGCUAGUCAUUUGCUAUUAAGUGACUUGCCCAGGGUCAAACAGCUAGGAAGUGUCUAAGACCAGAUUUGAGUCCAGGACCUGGCUCUAUCUCUAUCCAUUGAGCCACCUACCUGCCCUUAGAGUAAUGUUUUUGAUAAUUGAAGGAAACGCUAAAUUUCAGUUAGAGGUUAGUGAAAAUAAGGAUGUAAUAUUUUUCUCAUCCCAGUUCAUAGAUCCCUGAAAUUAAUCCAUAGAUCCACCUUAAGAACCUUUGAUAAAGAUUUAACUAAUAAACUCCUGCAUCUUGCUAAUUACCAAAGAAAACAGCAACAAAAUUUGAUUUCCUGACUUCUUUGAAAUCACCCACCUAACUGUAACUUGAUCCAACAGUUUUUGAAAGCAAUUUUGGAAUAUGAAGAAAUUAGCCAAAAUGCCCAUAUUCUUUUAUCAAUAAAUUACAUUGCUAGGAAUAUGCUGCAAGUCAACUAACAUUAAGUGCCUACUGUGUGCCAGGCCUAGUGCUGAGCUCUGGAGAUAGAAAGAAUGACGAAGGAUAGCCCUUAUUCUCAAGUAGCUGAUAGUAAAAAAGAUAAAAA